UCCAUUCCGCACAAACAGAACAAAGCGUAGUGUUUUUUUUUUUUGCUGUAUCCAGAGAAAUCAUAUCAAGCCAUCAACACCUACUUGCCUAUAAAUUUCUACCUCAUCAGCUCAGGACAAAGUAACUAAACAAACAUGAGACUAGUAAUUUUGGAAACAUCCGAUGCCGUUGGUCUAUGGGCUGCAAAAUAUGUGACAAAACGUAUCAAUGAUUUCAAACCGGGACCAAAUAAAUAUUUUGUAUUGGGUCUACCAACGGGCAGUACUCCCUUGAGUAUGUACAAACAUUUGAUCAAGUUUCACCAGCAAGGCAAGGUAUCAUUCGAAUACGUGAAAACAUUCAAUAUGGAUGAAUAUGUGGGCCUUCCCCGUGAUCACCCGGAAAGCUAUCAUUACUAUAUGUUUGAGAAUUUCUUUAAACACAUUAAUAUCGAUCCGAAAAAUGUCCACAUACUCGAUGGCAAUGCUCCCGACUUAGUGGCAGAGUGUAAUAAAUUUGAAGAGAAAAUCAAAGAAGCCGGUGGUGUGGAACUUUUCAUUGGCGGCAUUGGUCCCGAUGGUCAUAUUGCAUUUAAUGAACCUGGUUCAUCGUUGGUAUCACGUACCCGCGUAAAAACCCUGGCCCAAGAUACACUGGAAGCAAAUGCCAGAUUUUUCGAUAACGAUAUGAGUAAGGUACCGCGACAAGCGUUGACGGUGGGUGUCGGUACUGUUAUGGACGCCAAAGAGGUGAUGAUUUUAAUAACCGGUGCCCAUAAGGCUUUUGCCUUGUACAAAGCCAUCGAAGAGGGUGUAAAUCAUAUGUGGACUGUCAGCGCUUUCCAGCAACAUCCCAACACUCUGAUGUUGUGCGAUGAAGAUGCCACGCUAGAGUUACGUGUUAAGACUGUCAAAUACUUUAAGGGUAUUCAAAGAGAUAACAGCACUGACGAAAAGGACACCAACUGAAAAUUAAUUAUAUAAUAAUGCCUAAUGGAUGUCCAUAUGAAACUCAUUGAUGGAAUGUAAUAUCAACUGCCCCGAUUUUACGGCAUUGGAAUAUUUUUAUCUGAUACUAACUGUUUUUAGUACAAUACUAU